CUGACGUCACCUCUCCGCGCCGCCCGGCGGUGCUGUCGCGGGUGGCGGAGCGGCCGCGCUGCGCCAUGGCGGAGGUGAAGGUGAAGCCGGAGGUGCCCGACCCCAUGGAUAUAGAGAGCAGGAUUAUUGAGCUGUGUCAUCAGUUCCCUCAUGGUAUCACAGACCAGGUGAUUCAAAAUGAUAUGCCUCACAUGGAAGCCCAGCAGCGAGCCAUGGCGAUCAACAGGCUGCUCUCAAUGGGGCAACUGGAUCUUCUCAGAAGUAAUGCAGGUCUCCUGUACAGAAUCAAAGAGUCUCAAAAUGCAAGUAAAAUGAAAGGCUCUGACAAUCAAGAGAAGCUGGUUUACCAAAUUAUAGAAGAUGCAGGCAACAAAGGUAUUUGGAGCAGGGACAUUAGAUACAAAAGUAAUUUGCCUUUAACGGAGAUCAACAAGAUACUGAAAAACUUGGAAAGCAAGAAACUAAUUAAAGCAGUUAAAUCUGUGGCAGCAUCCAAGAAGAAAGUGUAUAUGCUGUAUAACCUGCAGCCUGACCGCUCGGUGACCGGUGGGGCUUGGUACAGUGACCAAGACUUUGAGUCAGAGUUUGUGGAGGUGUUAAAUCAGCAGUGUUUUAAAUUUCUACAGAGUAAGGCAGAGGGCGCUCGAGAGAGCAAACAGAACCCCAUGAUACAGAGGAACAGCUCGUUCGCCUCAUCCCAUGAGGUGUGGAAAUACAUCUGUGAACUGGGUAUCAGUAAGAGCUUCUGCAGUCCCAUGGCGACGUACCUGGAGUUCAUCCAGCAAAAUGAGGAGCGUGAUGGUGUGCGUUUCAGCUGGAAUGUGUGGCCGUCCAGUAGGCUGGAGGCCACGAGGAUGGUUGUGCCCCUGGCCUGUCUUCUGACCCCGCUGAAGGAGCGUCUUGACCUGCCACCUGUGCAGUAUGAGCCGGUGCUUUGUAGCAGGCCAACUUGCAAAGCAGUGCUCAACCCACUCUGCCAAGUUGACUAUCGGGCCAAGCUCUGGGCUUGUAACUUCUGUUUUCAGAGAAAUCAGUUCCCUCCAGCAUACGCAGGCAUAUCUGAAGUCAAUCAACCUGCAGAGCUUAUGCCUCAGUUUUCAACAAUUGAAUAUAUCGUGCAGCGAGGUCCACAGAUGCCAUUGAUCUUCCUGUAUGUUGUCGACACGUGCUUGGAAGAGGAGGACUUGCAGGCACUGAAGGAGUCCCUCCAGAUGUCCCUGAGUCUGCUCCCUGCUGAUGCUCUGGUGGGGCUGAUCACUUUUGGCAGAAUGAUCCAGGUUCAUGAGCUGAGCUGUGAAGGGAUUUCCAAGAGCUUCGUGUUUAGGGGCACAAAGGACCUGACAGCUAAGCAAAUACAGGAUAUGCUUGGGCUUUCAAGGCCAGCUGUGCCCAUUCAACAGGGAAGACCUCUUCAGGCUCCAGAGCAACCUGUUAUUUCAAGCAGGUUUCUGCAGCCAGUACAUAAGGUUGACAUGAAUUUAACAGAUCUGCUUGGAGAACUGCAAAGGGACCCAUGGCCAGUGACCCAGGGAAAGAGGCCUUUACGUUCCACUGGAGUAGCUCUUUCGAUUGCAGUUGGCUUACUGGAGGGCACAUUUCCAAACACGGGGGCCAGAAUAAUGCUGUUUACAGGUGGGCCACCAACACAAGGACCAGGCAUGGUGGUAGGAGAUGAACUGAAAAUGCCCAUCCGUUCUUGGCACGACAUAGAGAAGGACAAUGCAAGGUUCAUGAAGAAGGCCACCAAACACUAUGAGACCCUGGCUAAUCGUGCUGCAGCCAACGGGCAUUGCAUCGACAUCUAUGCCUGCGCCUUGGAUCAGACUGGACUGCUGGAGAUGAAGUGUUGUGCAAACCUCACUGGAGGACACAUGGUGAUGGGAGACUCCUUCAACACUUCUCUCUUCAAGCAGACCUUCCAGCGAGUAUUUAACAAAGGAUUCAAUGGAGAAUUUCGGAUGGCUUUUGGUGCAUGUUUGGAUGUGAAGACCUCUAGGGAGCUGAAAAUUGCAGGAGCUAUUGGACCGUGCAUAUCCCUGAAUGCUAAAGGGCCCUGUGUCUCUGAAAGCGAGCUUGGAAUUGGAGGAACAUCUCAAUGGAAAAUUUGUAGCCUGGAUCCCAGCACAACUCUGGCCAUUUACUUUGAAGUGGUAAAUCAGCACAACGCCCCGAUACCUCAGGGAGGCAGAGGGGCAGUGCAGUUUGUCACUCAGUAUCAACACUCCAGUACGCAGAAACGCAUUCAUGUCACCACCAUAGCCAGAAAUUGGGCAGACGCACAGAGUCAGCUCCAGCAUAUAGAAGCUGCGUUUGACCAAGAGGCAGCUGCAGUGCUGAUGGCACGACUGGGAGUGUACAGAGCUGAAUCUGAGGAGGGACCUGAUGUUCUGCGGUGGCUGGACAGACAGCUGAUCAGACUGUGUCAGAAAUUUGGACAAUACAGCAAAGAUGAUCCCAACUCCUUCAGAUUGUCAGAAUCAUUUUCUUUGUAUCCCCAGUUCAUGUUCCAUCUGCGACGAUCCCCAUUCCUGCAGGUCUUCAAUAACAGCCCAGAUGAAUCUUCUUACUACCGUCACCACUUUGCUAGGCAAGAUCUGACCCAGUCUCUCAUUAUGAUCCAGCCCAUCCUUUAUGCUUAUUCUUUCCAUGGCCCUCCUGAGCCAGUGCUUUUGGACAGCAGCAGUAUUCUUCCUGACAGGAUCCUACUGAUGGAUACUUUUUUCCAGAUAGUUAUCUACCUUGGUGAGACUAUUGCACAGUGGCAGAAAGCUGGUUACCAAGAGAUGCCUGAAUAUGAAAACUUCAAGCACUUAUUACAAGCCCCACUGGAUGAUGCCCAGGAAAUCCUGCAGACCAGAUUCCCGAUGCCACGUUACAUCCACACGGAACAUGGGGGCAGUCAGGCGCGGUUCCUCUUGUCUAAAGUGAACCCUUCUCAGACCCACAAUAACCUCUAUGCAUGGGGUCAGGAAUCAGGAGCUCCAAUCUUGACAGAUGAUGUUAGUCUCCAGGUAUUCAUGGACCACCUCAAAAAGCUGGCAGUUUCCAGUGCAGCUUGACUUGGAUCAAAUCGAGGUGAAGAGUUACAUACAUCAUGUGGAUAACAGAAACGGAGCAACUUAUUUUAUGUUUCCUUCUUUUAGAGUAAAGGUUUUUAAGUAUUAAAUGAAACAAAUAUGCAGGGACAGUUUUUUACUUGGCCCUUCUAGGUAUUAAUUUAUUUGUAUUCCUUUUUUUGUCUGUAUUCUGUUCACUCCACAUUUUUCAUACACUGUAAUUAGAGAUAAAGGAUGUUUUAGCCAGCACAGAUUUUAACAGUCUUUAUCUCAAUUUGUAACGGGGCGCGUUCUUAGAAGGUGUCUUUUUAGCAACCGGGGCCUGUAUUCAUUAAAAAUAAAACUGGGUGAGAGCAUUACUGUUUAGUGCUCCCCCCACUUCAGCUGUA